AUUGGUCAGCCGGCAUCACACCAGCCUGACGCGCCGCCGGGCCGCAAUGUUUACGUGCAACCCCGUGUGAUGUCCACACUCAACUGCGGCAUUUCCCAACUUUCUAGCCCGCUUUCUUCCAACCUAGGACCCGUGAGGUUUGCAGACAUCAUAGCUGCUGACACGCCCUUUGCUAGAUCCUUCUAGCCCUGGUUCCUUCUGCCAAGUGUAUAUAUAAUAACAACUGGCCAAGAUGGUGGCUGCUCGGGUACUGAAAGGGUUGCACAUACUGAUGCGAGGAUCUGUGCUCUUCAUGGUGGGAGGACUUCUGACCAUAGUGCUCAACUUACUUCAGGUUCAAAGAAAGGUGACCCUGUUCCCCCCUGAGGUAAUGAUUACAAUGUUCCAGUCUGCCUGGUGGGUACCGCCAGCCUGUGGAGCAGGAGCAGCCAUCAUCGGUCUGAUGUACCCGUGUUUGGAUAACAAGUUGGGAGAGCCCCACAGGUUCCAGAGGGAGUGGUCCAGUGUCAUGAGAUGUGUUGCCGUCUUUGUAGGGAUCAACCACGCUAGUGCUAAAAUCAAUUUUGACAAUAACAUGCAGUUGUCGCUGACGCUGGCGGCCAUGUCUAUUGGGAUGUGGUGGCUGUUCGACAGGUCACGGAGCGGGUUUGGACUGGGAGUUCUCAUCGCUGUACUGGCUACAUUUGUUACACAACUCUUGGUCUACAAUGAUGUCUAUAGAUAUACAGAACCAGACUUCUUGUACGUUCGCUCCUGGCUACCUUGUAUCUUCUUUUCCGGAGGGGUCACAAUGGGCAACAUAGGCAGACAACUGGCAUUGUAUGAUCCAACCAUCAAGGAGAAGGUGGAAUGAAGGACAACCAAGACAUCAAAAAUCAAGUUUUCAGCCAUGAGCUCUUCCAUUUUAAGUGAAAAAAGGUUUUUAUUUAGACACAAACUGUGUUACCACAAAUUUCAGGGAUCCAUAGAGUAGGCCAGUAAAGAGUAUUAAUUAUGGAACAUUGAUGCUCAGGAAGCACCAAUAUACAUUACAGAAAGGUUCAAAGGCUGCCAUAUAUUAGUAGGGGAUGCAGUGUCCUGUUAAAAUAGAUCUGUCAUUCUUCCGGUAGUAGUGUUUCAGUGUUUCAGUUUUUCCAAGACUUAUUUUACCUUGCUUUCGGUUUUUCCAUGCAUCCACAUUGUAAAGGCACAAAAUUUGAAGUCGUAGACUUCUUCUAAUAGUGCACCCUUUUAUAAAAAGCUGUACAUUGCUGUGUAGCAAGAGCCAACAUGUAUAUUUGACUGUACAAAACCUUAGAAGUUUAUCACACAAACAAAAAAGUAAGUUUAAAAGUAAGUUAAGAUUAUGGAUUCUAAGAAUACAUAUCAAAUUAAAUUUUAUCAUGUAUUGAAAGUAGUAUGUGAGCCAUCAGGCAUAUUGUUUUCAGCUGAAAGGGAACUUUGCAAAACAUUUCAGGUUUGUUUUCAAUGAUAAUCGUGAUUGUCAGACUAAGGUACACAUGUGUCUAUUGAGUUUUAAAUUUGCUGCUCAAACUAGCGAGACCAUCCAUGCAAAAAGCAGUUGGUCUCUUAUCCUUUGUUGUGUACUAAAAUGGUUGACAAAAUUCCUGAUUUGUUUAGAAUGUAGUAGUUAUUUACGACUUUUAAUCACAAAUGUUUUGUGUUUUUUUUGGCUUGCUUUGGAUCGACAUCCAAGUCAUUUUUUAAGCAGCAAAGGAAACAAAAGACGUUAUGAGCCGUUACUAGUAUAGUUAUGUUGGGUUUAAUUUGGUUUAACUGAAAAUUAGAAUCAUCUGUUGCAUCUACAUCAUACAGCUAAAUUAUAGUAUGUAUUGAAUCUUCUGUCAUUGAAGUAUUUUAUUGUUUUUGGUUCAGUUUUUAUUAAAUAGAGCAUCACAUGACACAUUUAUGAAAAUGGUGCAUGUUCUUUGCUGUAUUCUGUUCUUACAGAAAAAAGGUUACAAUUGUGAAAAAGUCCAACAUUUGGAUAGGCUUAAAUUAAUGGAAGCACAUGUAUAGAUAAGUCUACUUUUUUGUAGAUGAAAUUUGGACAAGACAGUUGAUUUUUCUGCUUGGAAUCUGUAUAUGUUUGACAUUGUACAAUUUAUAGCAAGCUAGCAAAAAUGUUUGUAUUUGUACAUACAUGUGAAGAAAAUAAAACUGUACACGUA